UUUUUUCCCUUUUUCCAAAACAUUUUCUUCAAAACAUCGGCUCGAGCAAACUCAUUCACAGAGCACAACAAACUGACUCGAGAGGAUGAAGUGCAUACUUUCUUUGCUGGUGUUAUCUCUGUCUCUGGUGGUUGCAACUAUUAAUGCAAAUGCACCCAUCUUGACCCGAGGAACACAGCUUUCCAUUGAACGCCAAUUUGUGCCACAAGAAGCUGUUUUUGGCCUCUAUUAUGAUCUCAUGGAAACGGCAGUUCCUGGACCCAAAGAUCGAAUUCACAAGGAUCUCAUUGGUGUCAAGGGAGAUGCGGGUAUGUCAGUUGAACUUGACGAUGGUGAGUACGGUGGCAGGGAGCGGCUAGUUCACAAGUUUCAAGAAAUUGUCCGUGGCGGCAACUACACGUCAAACGAAGAAGGGCUUCAACGACAAAGUGGAAUAUUGCGUCUGGAACACUUGUCACAUCCUGACUAUCAUAAAGCCCAAAAGCUCAUCCACCAGGUAGUUCCAAACAACGUCCUUCAAGAGAAGGGGACAAUUCACGUCUAUCUCUCGAAACCAGACUCGGCGGCUCUGGCCAACCAUACGGACGUGACGGACAUUUUUGUCUUGCAACUGCAGGGAGCCAAAGAAUGGCUCUUGUGUCAGGAGAAAGAGGAUUCAAUCUUUCCACCGUCCAAUGACAACAAUUUACAAAACAAACUAGACAGCUGCAUGACCUACAAUGAAUUCGAAAUUGAUACCAUGGUCUGUCACCGAGAAACACUCUAUCCCGGAGAUGCCCUCUUUCUUCCGAAACGAAUCGUCCAUUCGGCACGGGCUACCCACGAUGGACUGUCGGCACAUUUGACCUUUGGAUUUGCCAAUGACAUGUGUUCCGAACAAUCAUCCGAACCACAAUCCUCCUAUUACGCAGCCGUAACACGACGGUUCUUGCAAAGCACCUGUACCCUGUCGGAUGGAGGCAGUUCGUGCGACAGCUCUUGUGAUGGAGGAUGCGAUUCCAGUUGCAAUGGAUCCUGUGAUUCCGGUUGCGACUGUUUGUGCAAUUACGGCCUUUGCAAUGGAUGCUGCGACUCAUCGUGCGAUAGCAGUUGCAACUCGGGUUGUUCGUUCUCGUGCGAUUCCUCCUGUGACGACUGCCCGUCCUUCGUGGAAACCAACACCGGUGCCGUAAUUGGGAUUGCCGUCGGUGUGGGUGCCCUACUGUUCGGUGGGCUUGGAUUGGCCGUUUGUGCCUCCCAAAAGAACAAGCAACGUCAAGCGCAAGAAGGUGCCAACAACAACACCUCAAAGCCCGUGGAGGCGACACCCGUGGUGGCCGUACCGGUCGUGGCAACUCCAAUGCGGACGGCCCCAGCCAUGCCUCCCAUGGGGAUUGAGCCGCACCAAGAUGGUACGAUCUUGCAUGCCUAGCUGUAGAUACGACGCGUACUGUUUCGCUGGGUUUAUGUUUUGGGAGAAGAGCCCAGGUUUUAGAGGUUCAACAAUCUUGAUGUAAUUUAUUUUAAAAUAGUGAUUGCUUGU